AUGGGGGAGUGGAGUUUCCUGGGAGACUUCCUUGAGAAGGUCCACAAACACUCCACAGUGGUGGGGAAAGUCUGGCUGACCGUGCUCUUCAUCUUCCGGAUGCUGGUGCUGGGAACAGCGGCGGAGUCCUCCUGGGGGGACGAGCAGUCUGACUUCAUGUGUGACACUCAGCAGCCCGGCUGCGAGAACGUCUGCUACGACAAGGCCUUCCCCAUCUCCCACGUCCGCUUCUGGGUCCUGCAGAUCAUCUUCGUCUCCACCCCGUCCCUGGUGUACAUGGGCCAUGCCAUGCACACGGUGCGCAUGGAGGAGAAGAGGAAGAUGAAGGAGGCAGAGAUAGAGGCCCGAGAGAACAAAAAUGGUGGUGACACAUACUACCAGCAGAAGUGCUCUGUGGCAGAGAAGGAGACUAAGCUGUCCGGCUGGGAUGAAGCAGGAGGUCAAAUCAUACUCAGGGGCAGCCUGCUGAACACCUAUGUCUACAGCAUUUUGAUUCGAACUGCCAUGGAAGUGGCCUUCAUCGUGGGGCAGUACGUCCUGUACGGGAUCUUCCUGGAGACCCUGUACAUCUGCCAGCGGGCACCGUGCCCCCACCCCGUCAACUGCUACGUGUCCCGCCCCACGGAGAAGAACGUGUUCAUCGUCUUCAUGCUGGCUGUGGCAGUGCUCUCCCUCUUCCUCAGCCUGGCAGAGUUGUACCACCUGGGCUGGAAGAAAGCCAAAGAGAGGUGCUCCCGGUCUUACAAAGCCAGCCCAAGCACAGCCCCCCGCAGGCUGGAGUCUGCCCCACAGGCAGAGAGGGCACAGAUGUACACCCCGCCGCCGGAUUUUAACCAGUGCUUGUCGAGUCCCAACGGGAAGUUCAUCAGCCCCUUCAGCAACAAGAUGGCCUCCCAGCAGAACACCGCCAACUUUGCCACCGAGAGGGUCCACGGCCAGGAGGAUGCUGCUGGGGAAGGGCCUUUCCUUAAGUCGAGCUAUGUGGAGAGUCCAGAGGUGGCGAGUGACUGUGCAGCACCUGCCUUCCCCGAGAACUACUUCAAUGAGAAGCGCCGGUUCAGCAAGGCCAGCCGUGCCAGCAGCAAGGCAAGGUCGGAUGAUUUGUCUGUGUGA